AUGGCACCCCAGCAGCGGAUGCAAAUCCCCGGGUAUUACUACGGUACUAUUCACACCCCCCAUGAGGAAAAGGGCAAGUAUUUCAAAAUCGAAAAGAACAGUUCGGCGCCUCAGGGCGCCGCCUGGUCCGCGGCUAACGUCAAGCGCCGCAAGAUCCAGCACCGUGAGGUCGAGGCCGUUGCCGCGCGCCGUGAGCGCCUGAAGCGCCACAUCACCCGCUCAGCCGUCCUCCGGCAUCCGCUCCUCGGCGGUGUUCUCGACGUCGAACACGGGCUUCAGCGUGAGCGGCGGAUGCGCGCUCACGCAGGCGUGCCUGCGGAGGACGUCCCCGCAGUCGCUUGGGCCAAGGGUCUUGUGGAUAAGGGCGAGGUGCCGUUCGUGCCCAGCUUCGCGAGGCAGAGUUUCCCCAACAUUCCGUGCUUCUAUGUUGGUGGGGAUGAUGUCAAAACGGGACUCGGGGUUGCGUAUGCGACUUUGGAUGAGGAGACGUUGAUAGGAUCAUACAUCCCCACCGAUGAGAACGAGAGGUGA